AUGUCUCUGAUAAUAUUGAUUGCUGGGGUAUUGGUCUCUUGUGCUUACGGACAGAGUGUUGGCAACGAUAUUGCCUUCACUGUGAAAGCAACAAACAAUGGCAAUGUCGAUCUAAGUCCCGGAGUCGGAGAUGUCGUCAAAUUCCGGACGGAGAUCACCAACUAUGGAAACGCAUUUGAUACAGCAACAGGCAUUUUUACAGCACCCGUGGACGGCAUGUACCUGUUCAGUGCCAGUAUGUAUAAUGUCUUCGCGGGUCAAAAACUCGACACGGAUAUCCAGAAAAAUGGCGUACCGGAAGUGAAUAUGUAUUGCAGUGCCUCUAUACAGUACAGCGCAUGCUCCGCCACCGUGGUCCUCAGACUGGCAACAGGCGACAGGAUUUGGAUCAGUGACAACAGUGGGCAGAUGGUGGAUCAUGACUCCAGCUUUAUGGGAGUUCUGCUUAAUAGCUAA